GCGUCGGCGCUGGCGGUGGCGGCCGCCACAGCAGCAGCAGCAGCGGUGCUCCUAGCGGCUCUCAUCCCGUUCCGUCCUGUUCGUCUGCCUCGCGGGCUGCGCAGCCCCUGGUCUCCGCCCGGCACACGCUGCGCGACAUGGCAGCAGGGGUGGCCGGCGGCGGAGGCGGCAGCAACGAUUUCCAGUGGUGCUUCUCCCAGGUGAAGGGGGCGAUCGACGAGGACGUGGCGGAAGCCGACAUUAUCUCAACAGUAGAAUUUAAUUACUCUGGAGAUCUUCUUGCAACAGGAGACAAGGGUGGAAGAGUGGUUAUAUUUCAAAGGGAACCAGAGAAUAAAAGCCGUCCUCAUUCAAGGGGAGAAUAUAAUGUUUACAGUACCUUUCAGAGUCAUGAACCUGAGUUUGACUACUUGAAAAGUCUAGAAAUUGAGGAAAAAAUUAAUAAAAUUAGGUGGUUGCCACAACAGAAUGCUGCUCACUUCUUAUUAUCUACAAAUGAUAAAACUAUUAAAUUAUGGAAAAUCAGUGAAAGGGAUAAAAGAGCUGAAGGUUAUAACUUAAAAGAUGAAGACGGAAGACUUCGGGAUCCGUUUAGAAUCACAGCACUACGGGUGCCGAUAUUGAAGCCCAUGGACCUAAUGGUAGAAGCAAGUCCCCGAAGGAUAUUUGCAAAUGCACACACGUAUCACAUAAACUCUAUUUCGGUAAAUAGUGAUCAUGAAACGUACCUUUCUGCAGAUGACCUGAGAAUCAACCUGUGGCAUUUAGAAAUCACAGAUAGAAGUUUUAACAUUGUAGAUAUAAAGCCUGCUAACAUGGAGGAACUGACAGAAGUGAUAACUGCAGCAGAGUUCCACCCGCAUCAUUGUAACGUGUUUGUCUACAGCAGUAGCAAAGGAACUAUACGGCUCUGUGAUAUGCGUUCUUCAGCUCUUUGUGAUAGACACUCAAAGUUCUUUGAAGAGCCUGAAGAUCCCAGCAGCAGAUCAUUCUUUUCAGAAAUAAUUUCCUCAAUAUCCGAUGUAAAAUUCAGUCACAGUGGUCGCUACAUGAUGACCAGAGACUACCUUUCAGUUAAAGUAUGGGAUCUCAAUAUGGAAAACAGGCCUGUAGAGACCUAUCAGGUUCAUGAAUACCUUCGAAGCAAACUUUGUUCACUGUAUGAGAAUGACUGCAUCUUUGACAAGUUUGAGUGCUGCUGGAAUGGUUCCGAUAGUGCUAUUAUGACUGGCUCAUACAACAACUUCUUUAGGAUGUUUGAUCGAAACACACGGCGAGAUAUUACAUUAGAGGCAUCAAGAGAGAGUAGCAAACCUCGUGCUAUUUUAAAGCCCCGGAAAGUGUGUACAGGCGGCAAAAGAAAGAAAGAUGAAAUAAGUGUUGACAGUCUGGACUUCAACAAGAAGAUCCUUCAUACAGCAUGGCACCCUGCAGAGAACAUCAUUGCUGUAGCUGCCACCAAUAACUUGUAUAUAUUCCAGGACAAAAUUAAUUAAAGACGGCUUAUUUGAGGACAAAGUUGUCAUCUUGCAUAGUUAAGCUCAGUUGUUUAUCUGUCAGAGAUGGCCUUGUUGUCCUCCCAGUAAAGAACAUUGAUGCACUUAUUUCCCUUUAUAGGUAAAGGAGAGAAGCUGGCCUGGACUUGAGUUCAUGGUGUAUUUCUGCCUUCAGUGAGGGGGAACGUGGAAUUGAAUUUUUGUAAACGAAAAAAGCCCACUAGAAGCAGAAUUGAUGGACAAUACUCAUUAAAGGCCAAUAUUCAAAACAAAUGUAUUUAUUUAAGUCUGAGCCUUCCUUUCCAGUUGAUAGACCAAAAAUCUAACACCCAAGAAACAAAUUGUCAUAAAAAUGUAAUUUCUAUCUCACGUGCUCUUUAUCUGCUGUAAUAUUUGGGCCUUUCAAAACAUAUAUUUGUGCUUUAUGCCUGUAAACAUUCUUUCUCUGGCCUUCAUCUAAGCUUUAGGUGUUUCUACCUUUGAGCAUAUAGGUAAGUCUAGAGUUGAGUGCAUAGACAGGUUUUUCAUGUAUAUUUACUCACCAACUGUAUCUAUAACCACACCUUCUGGUGUAAACCACUUAAUAAAAAUAACAAACUAUAAAAAGUGUUUUUAAAUCUGAAAGUAUGUAUUCAGUCUUUUUUAUUGCAUGUAUUGAGAUUGUGCAAAAUAACUGAUGGAAAGAUUUGAAAAUAGUUUCUCCCCAAAAAUAUUGAUUUUGACAGUAUAAGCAGUUUCAUAUGAUACCUACUGCUUCAAACUCUAAAUUGAAAUUUCUCUCCAGUUGUCUUUACCAUAGCUUGUAUUGGUUUUCUGUGUAAACACCACACACACACACACACACACGCACGCACACACACACUCUCCAGCAUCAUCUGGUGUGCACGAAAGAGGAAAUGUGAAAGAUUAAAGUUCAUAUACAGCCUUAAAGGAGCGCAAUGAUCUUGUACACCAAACUUUUCAACAAAUCACUGCUCUGGUUAACAGUAGACAUGCCUCAGAAGUGAGACACAUACCUUAAUGUGCAUUACUUUUUUACCUUUAGUUCUUUGUUUUGAAAAUAUACUUUUUAAUUACUACAACUGGGCAUAAACAUAUGCAUACAAAGCAUCCCACUGCAAUUCGAGCUUGUAUGUUUUUAAACUUGAUUAUGCCAAACAGGAGCACAACUUAAAACAUGUUUUAACUCUUACUCUGGGUCUGCGACACCAGGAGAUCAGACUAUCUUGAGGCUGAAUACUGAUGUGAAAAUACAUUUGUAGAAUACAGCGUUUCCUCUAGCAACAGGGGACUAAGGAAAAGUGUAGCACUUUUGGGGAUCUCUUCCUAGAAGACACAUGUUCAUCUCCUACUGUUUCACUGUAAACAUCUGCAGGAGUAAACUUGUACACAAACAGUAGUGGGCACACUUUUAAUAGCACCAAAUAUCUUACUACUUCCUCAAAACUAAAUGUGCCUACAAAGUUCCCUUUGAAAGUCAGGCCCUUUGAGCUUCCUGGAUAAAAUACAGGUGUAUGGUUCACACUCCAAUUUUAAUUAAAUGAAGGUUUAACAUGAUUACUAAAGUCAGAUAUAAUAUGCAGGAGCAACAUGUCUCUGUUCCUCCCCUGUCAAUUAAUGUCCAUAGAGUGCCACUCUUGUUUGCAGUCUAAUAAAUACUAAUUUGGGGGUUCUAAAGAUAAAGUUUAAAUAAAAAUUGUAUACUGUAUAUCAGUUGUGACACUAUUUGCAAAUCUUGAAAUGUGGAACGGUUAGGUCAUUUAACCAUUAGAUUGACUUUGUUCCUAAAAAAUAUGCGAGAGCUAAUACAAUGGGAUUGUACAUAAUUGUUCAAUUAUUUUGACCAAAAAGUUUAAUAAAUUUUAAAUGUUUACCUGAA